AUGUCGUCUGGCGGAGCAGCUCUCCAGCCAACGUUUCGAGGCCAUGUAGCCACUACACAAGAUGCUCUUAUUCUGUUUGAAGCGUGCCUGCAGGGCCAUCUCUCCCACGUACCCCGGCGACCGCAUGACCGAGAACGGAGUACCCUGAUCAGGAGCGGCUGCAUAUUCAUUUAUGAAGAAAACGCGUCGGGAAUCAAGAGGUGGACUGAUGGAGUGACCUGGAGUCCCAGUCGCAUUCUCGGCAAUUUCUUGGUAUACCGUGAACUCGACAAGCCCUUCCCUCCCGGAGAGAAGAAGCGAGCGAUGAAAAAGCACCAGAGACGAUCAACCCGGCCGGGCGAGCCUUACGCCAGAUCAGACGGAGGCUCCUUCUCAGACGGACAAUCUGGUACCCUUGCGGCAGUUGCAGGAGACCGCGGCACCACAGCUGAGGUCGAGAGACAACUAAUCGGCUCACUUGUGGACUCGUACGGAUUUAAACAGGACGGCCUCGUCAAGAAAACCAUGAGUGUGACGGUGCAAGGGAUCACCCAUCACCUGGUCUCCUACUACCAUGUCAAUGACGUGUUAUCGAACAACCUGCGAACGCCUUCUCAAACAGACAAUCUACAAUAUAUCCGCCCCCGGACUGAGCUGAUCUCGAAACAAAGCUUUCGGUCGCCGAUUGAGGAGGUGGACGAUGUUGACGGAAGCCAGGCCGCUUAUGGGUAUAGAGUAAAUCCAGGCGGUGUGUACCUGCAAGAUUACAACAAACCGCAGUAUUACCUGCCCCAGAACUAUCCGCCUAUGGCUCCCCAGCAGCCCAGUGCGUCAGCUUAUGGGAUGAGCGUGGCCUCUAUACCCGCAUCUUACAUGCCGUCGCCAGUGACUACACCGCAUCUACCGGGUCAACGAACCGACUACAACCAAUACGACCAGGCUGUUUAUAACAGAAAUUACGAGUCGCUCAGCAACCCACUUCCUCCUGCUUCAAAAUCCAUCCCUCCCACGCCUACAACAAUGCCGCCCAUGAAUCCAGAUCGAGCUCAAGCACAGCCAAGCAUGUACCCGCCCAUGAGCAUGCAACCGCCAAUGAACAAUCUGAGCCCUGUAUCAAUGGACUCGAGAUCCCAUAUCCCAUACCGGAGCAGUUCAUAUUCUGUAAACACGAAUGUGUCGCAAAUGGACCACUCCCGCCAAAGCCAGCCAUCCGCGGUCGAAGUCAAAUAUGAAGAUCGCAGAGAAUCUGGUCAACAGCAGACUCAGCUUUAUCAAAGCCCGAGAACGCCUUACUAUACGGACGGAGCUGUGCCACCGCUUUCUCAGCCACAUUAUUCGCAGCAGCCUCAUUUGGGUCAGUGGGCAGCACAAAGUCAUGCUCAUUAG